AUGAAAUGGGAUCUAAAUGAUGGAAAGUUAACUAAUUUCAGUGUGAACUUUAAGCGCGGACCAAAUGCUGUCCUUUGCAGCCUCCGUUGUAUUCGGACCCCAGAGGAAGGCGCAGCUACAAGAUCUGGACAUGAUCUGGGAUCUACCAAAUCCAGUCAAUUCCACAAAUCCAUCCGAACAGUAAACAAUUGGGUAUUCCUUUACUUGAGCGUUCCCCAGCACGAAAUUGCUGUCUAUAAAAUUGUGAAGAAACGGAGUUUUGAGUACUCUUUUGGACUGGCUUAUCUGAAUGAACAACUUAUUUACCCUGAAGCCUAG